UACACUUUUGUCGUCUCGAAACAAAAGUUUCAUUCAAAAAGGGCAGAGAGUAUUUUGUCGAGGGAUUUCUUUGAAAGGCGUCCAUACCAAGUUGGGGGAGGACUAGGAUGGCAGGGAAGGGCAUCACUUCCCCACUGGAGGAUCUAGAAGAAACCUCGACGAUGACGAUUGACCCAGCUGUGAGUAAGGAACAAAAGGUCCUGGAGGUGUUCUUCAAGCAUCUGGGAGGUUUGGACUUUGAUGCAGCGAAAGUACACUUUGACCGAGAAAAGGAGAGCUUGCGUACAUCCGGUCCAGGCAAUGUUUGGUCCAAGCUGAUAGCCGAGCUGUCACGACUCGGUGCCACGGAGAAACAGUAUCAUCAGCUAGAGUUCUUGAAGGAAACUAGCUGGUUUACACGCCGAGAGGGAUUGAAAGAUUCUUACACAACGCUGUUGACGGAGAUAGGCAAACUUGGUGAGAUCUACGGUGCGCAGAAAGGUGGAACUGCACCUGGCUGGGAGAGGAAAAUGGCCAGUCUUUGCUCGGUUCUAGGUGUGUAUGUGAAGGCUCGGAGAGAUCUUCUCGAGGUCUACAUUGACUUGCAGACACACAGCAGCGACAUCACCACCAUCGAAGCAAAGGCCGUGCAGAUUCUGCCAAAGGUUAACAUCUCCUCCACAGGACUGCUGGAUCCCGUCAAGGACAAUUUGAUUCGUGAAGUGCAGGUUCUCUCCUGUCUGCUUCAGGGCUCGGUACAGAUCUCGACAUUCCAGUACCUACCAGCUCUGUUCUCUCUACGCAACUGCAAAGAGAAGCUCAAAGAGUGGCAUGGCUUUCCACAAGAAGAUAAGGGAUGGACGAAGAGGUCACCACGCACCGGCUUCUCCCUGGCUUCUAAAGCGCCGCAGCUACCCGCGCUCUAUCACUGGAUAUGCAAGUUCUACCACACACUGCUCUCCAAGUUCUCGUUCUAUUUCUACAAGACGCUGUCCGAGCAAAGUUCCUCUGAGAUGAAGAAUGCCAUGGCCAAGGCUGAUCUUGAUGUGGUGGCCAAGCUGGGUAGUGUUCGGCGUCGUUCAGACUUGCUCGUCCUUGCCCUGGUCUAUGAUAGCCGUAACGCCGUACCACCCUACUCUGGACAUGGCUAUAAGUUACCUAUGAACAUCAGUGAGCCGCCCGUUGGUCUAGCUUCCUACCCAGCUGUUCUGGCUUUCCCAGCGGAUUACCCAAAGGCACUGUGGCCAGCAGUGGUGAGCCUAAUACAGGAACACCACGGGCGAUUGUCGGGAAAGGAGCCGCAGCUGGUCAAGUUUUUCGACCCAUCACAAACCGGCCGGUUCUACCUCCUGGGCAAGAUUGACGCUCGCUUCUACCUUGUUGCCGUGUUUGCGGGCCGUAAAGCGGAGAAGGACUCCUCCGUCAACGCCACCCUCACCGAAGUACUGAACUACACGCGGCUGACGGAGCUUUUCGGCUUGAUGAAGGCCAGCUGAGCUACUCCAUCACAGCGAAGGCACCUGCUACUCAGCCGUGCUUCAGCUAACGUUACACCCCAGUGGCAGCCGCUUGUCGUUACAUCUUGAUGUCAGCUCCUGAGUCGGGCUAGUAUGCGUGCGUACUCAUCGUUUGUGAUUGUUCUGUUGUACAUAGUACUUCGGCAGCCAUCAUGUAGUGAGUGAACAUUUCACACUGCCAGUGAACGUCUUGAAACUGCCACGGACUCUGCUACGCAUUGAAGGUGAUCAACAACUGUACGAUAGCUG